UAUUUAUUUCUUUACAUAAAAUUUUCUGACACCGGCUUCAGUUAAUGUUUCGAGGCGUAAGGAAACAAAUCGUUUGCAAUUCCAGACAAUAAAUAUUUUCAUUGUUUUUAACAUUUAACGCGGCUUAAUAGUGAAAUUAAACUAUAAUAUAAAAUGAGUGUAAUCUUUUCGGCAGUCAAGUGUUUCGUAUUCGCUUUCAAUUUCUUUAGUUUGAUACUUGGCGUUUGCAUUGUUUGCUUGAACACUUUCGGUUUGGAGUAUGCCAUACCGAAUACAGACGAGCAUACUUACUGCAUAGUUGGUAUCAUUUUGGGGUCUUUUGUAUGCAUGGCCACGCUUUUUGGCUGUUACGGCGUCGUCUGUGAAUCAUUGGGCGUUAAUGUGAUUUACUCGUUCUUCAUGCUAAUGUUGUUGGCGACGCAAUUACUACAAAUGCAGACAUAUAAGCACCAGAAAUUCUUCACGAAUGCGUUGGAUCUGCUGGAGGAUGCCUGGGAUGAAGUGGAUGUGAAUCCGAAGGCAAUGCGUGCGGUGGAGACUAAUUAUCACUGCUGUGGUCUCUAUAAUGCCAAUGAUUACAAGUACAGACGUAUGUCAAUACCUUCGAGCUGUUAUCGCUACCAAAAUUCCACGCUUGAAACGAAUUUAUUUUCUCGCGGCUGCGUUGAGGCAAUGGAAACCUCGUAUCAUAAAACAAUGGAGCGUGAAAAUAUUUUCAACUGGUCGCUAUUGAUCAGUGAAUGCGCAGUUUUCCUUUAUUCGUGCGUUUUGAGCCUUUUGCUUUUCAAACGCCAUCGCUCACCCGAUCGCACACGCAAUGCAGAGGAUGGUUAUGUGGCUCAACAGCCGGUGCCACCCCUAAACCAUGUCAACUCGCGGACCCACUUGCUAUCCAAUUAAUGUAAAUGCCAACAACAGUAAAAAAAACUAAUGCAGAAAACUUAAUGAAAUGGCAUUUAGUUGUUCAUAAAAUUAAUGUAUAAAAAUUAGAGUUAUAAAUUUUUUAUAAAUAUAAAUUCUU